AUGGUGGCCGCUGCCGGCCCGCGAGGCGGCGGGGACUCGCCCCUGCUCUCCGCGAGGGUGGCCAGCGGGCGGCAGCUGUACUUGCUGGAAGACCUGGUAAAGGUGGGGGGGCCUCUUGGCUCUGGCUCCUUCGGCCAGGUGACGAAGGUGGUACACAAGAAGACGGCCGAGAUCUACGCCAUGAAGGUGAUUCCCAAGGCGAAGGUCGAGGAGUUCGAGAUGGAUUCGUACCUCGAGCGCGAGAUCAAGACACAGCUGCAGGUGCAACACCCGAACAUCCUUCGGCUGUACCAAGCAUUCGAGGAUGAAGAGGAUAGUGUGCACCUGCUGCUCGAGUAUGCCAACGGCGGCUCGCUCUUCGGGGUGCUCAGGAGAAGCGCGGCAAGCUGCCCGAGCCCGAGGCGGCGCGCCACUUCGCGGACGUCGCAGCGGCGCUGGAGGGGGACUACCUGCACUCGCUGGGCGUCGUGCACCGCGACCUCAAGCCCGAGAACAUCCUGA